AGCCGUGCCAUGUCGACAUUGAAAAAUUAUCGUUUUACUUUUGGCGUUCUGGAAAAAGUUUGUUCUCGAUUUAGUUAGAAUUGCUGCAAGAAACUAUUGUUCAUUCUUGAUACUAAAAAGUUUGGCUUUUAAAAGAAAGAAAAUGGAUUUGAAAACGUCGAGCGUGCUGAAGAACUACCAUCGCGUACGCGGAAAUGGCAAACCCGACCUCCACAAAUUAAUGGAUUUGAUGCGCAUUAUUUUUGCGUUAAAAGGUCUUUUACCAUAUGGUCAGCUGUUUGAAGACCACCCUAAGAAACUUGCCGUGGAAGAGUCCGUAACUGGUUACACCUACGACAUUUCGUGUGAAAAUGACGGUUACAUCGUGUUCACAACUCAAGACGAUAAUACAGUAUCAAUGUCAGUAACUGAUAUAUACAAUGCUUUUAUGCACUUUGAAAAAACGUUCAUGAGUGAAAUAAAGGGCUGUGAUUGUGCAGAUAAGAAAGAAUGCAAGAGAUGUUUAGUCGAAAAGGAAUGGCAAAGGAUAAUUAAAAGUCAGUCCAUUUCUAUGCAAGAAAGCAGUGGGAAAGAUGUCUUACCGCCGUACUUGCCGCAAUCGCUCGGUCUUUCAAGCACCCAUGUUCCAGAAGCAUCCACCAAUAAAUCGAAAGGGAAAUCAGGCUCAGAAAGGAAAACCAAAAAAGAAACCCAGCAACACGGUACCUGUCACAACACCAUGCGUAGGAAAGACCAAGCCAAGCACCACAAGAAAGAGUGUAGGAGAGAAUACGAGGAACACAAUGAUUUUAUGCGCGAUAAUAAAUAUGAAAUUUUGUUAAACUUAAGCGAAGAAAGCAAAGAAGUACACAUCCUGACCUACCGUGAAUCAGAUCAAGGUGAAAUCACCUGCCAAAUAUUUGAUCAGAAGCAAGAGGCGCUCGAGUGGGCAUAUAUGAACAAACAUCUUAUAAAAAAUCAUUUUGUUAAGGUGCAUGACUAUUACGCCGAAACACAACCGAUCGCGGUGAAAGACCUUAAGCGUAUUAAAAUGAAGUUGAUACUCCCUGGUACAGAUGAGUUUAGUAGUAAAAAAAUGAGCUUUUUCGACACAGGCGCAGAUAUCGCUAGCUUUCCGUGCAAGUCUGAAUCGAUGGAGCCAUUUAUCCACUCAGCCGCAAACGUUAAUGGUAAGGUGACGCCGACCAUUUAUGCAGAAUUAAGUAUUGAUGGCAUACGUCUUCCAAGCAUACAUGAGGUUGAAAUGGAACUAGAUGGAGAAUAUGCUGCCUUUGGCCUACCUCAACUGGUUGAUAUGCCUGAGGGUGUAGCAAACGGCAUCAUUAGCAAACAACGUAAUAUAAUAAUCCCGAGUACCACGAAGCGGGAGCGCGAUUUGUAAUCACAAGGGACAAGUUUGAUUUUGUACCAAAAUUGCACGACACCUAGCGUAUAAUAUAGCCACUCCUGUGUAUGAGCUAUUCUGCAAUCUGAUUAGUCCAGAUAUCACCGUAUAUAAGCUCGUAUAUGGUGAGGAG